CACACCCAUGUUUCUUAUAAUGUAAGAACACACUCUGUUUAUGGCCUACAUUGAAUUCUAGGUAUGUGUGGUCUACGAAAAAUCAUAAGUCCGAAAUAAUAGCAGAGUUGUACUUUCAGGAAUUACUACUCACCUGGCCCAGGAACACUGUACUUCGAUAAACGAUCGCUGGGUGUGAAGCCAAUGGAGGUGGUAUUUGAUAGCGGUAGCACAUAUACCUACUUCGCUGCUCAGCCAUACCAAGCGACUGUUUCUGCGGUAUAUUUGAACCACACUACAUUCCAGGUGCCAUGAAUUUGAAGAAUGGAACAGUGAACUAAUGGGAUGCUAAUCUUGCAGCUCCAAGCUGGUCUCAGCAAGUCACUUAAACAAGUGUCAGACCCCAGUCUGCCUCUUUGCUGGAAAGGGCAAAAGGUGUUCAAAUCCGUGUCUGACGUCAAGAAGGACUUCAUGUCACUGUUCUUGAGCUUUGCGAAGAAUACCGUCAUGGAGAUCGCUCCUGAAAACUACCUCAUUGUCACAAAAAAUGGGAAUGUGUGCUUGGGCAUCCUUGAUGGGUCGGCCGCUAAACUGAAUUUCAACAUAAUUGGAGACAUCACAAUGCAGGAUCAAUUGGUCGUUUAUGACAAUGAGAAAGGGCGAAUCGGUUGGGUCCGUGGAUCAUGUAGUAUGGGCACAAAGAAUAUCCAACCUUCGUUUACAUGGUAUUUGCUUACAUACCUACUGCUAGCCCAUCCAUUCAAAAACUGGAUGUUCCAUUAUUGAUGAAACUGGGCCAACCGAGGGAAGUUUCUGCUGGCUUCAAAUCCCCGAGAUCAUUGCCUCGAAGGGUUCCAUCUACUGAGAUCCAAACAAAGUAUAUGGUAAGAUGUCUGGGGAAAUGAGGGGUGAAAGGGGAGAAGGAUGGCUAUCUGUCUAUGCUGCUGUUCCUCAUGAGAUGAAUUCCAUAUUUGCAUGUUUGGUCCGAAUUGUUAUCUUCUUUGUAUGAUUGUAUCUCAUUUCUACAUGAGGCUCAAUUUUGUUAAUGAAUAAAUAUGUUAGAUUUACUUGA